CGCCCCCCCGCGGCCCGGCGGCAGCGCUGGGCGUUGGGUGCCGGCUGCUGGGCGUUGGGUGCUGGGUCCUGGGUGCUGGGUGCCGGGUGCGGAGCGGAGGUGUCCCGGCGGGGAUGCAGCAUGGCCGAGGUGCCCGCAGCCCCGCACCGCACCACCGGCUCCACGCUGCUGCACCCGCUGAGCGCGCUGCUGGGCAUCCCGCUGGACCAGAUCAAUUUUGUAGCCUGUCAACUGUUUGCCCUUUUGGCUGCCUUUUGGUUUCGUAUUUACUUGGGUCCCAGUCACGCCAGCUCUGCUGUUCGCCAUGCAUUUGCCACCCUCUUUGGAAUAUACUUUGCUGUCUUCUGCUUUGGGUGGUAUUCCAUUCAUCUUUUUGUCCUGGUGAUGAUGAACUAUGGCAUUAUGAAUACGGCGAGUAUUCCCAACAUCCACAGGUACUCCUUUGUCGUAGCUAUGGGAUACCUCACGUUGUGCCACAUAAGCCGAAUAUACAUAUUUCACUAUGGUAUUCUCACUACAGAUUUUUCCGGUCCACUGAUGAUAAUUACACAGAAGAUCACAACACUUGCAUGCCAACUACAUGACGGAAUAGGGAGACAAGCUGAGGAACUUACUGCUGAGCAAAAUCGGCUUGCUGUAAAGACAAGACCGUCUUUACUGGAGUAUUUAAGCUAUCUCCUCAAUUUUAUGAGCAUCAUAGCUGGGCCUUGCAGCAAUUACAAGGAUUAUAUAGCCUUCAUUGAAGGGAGGCAUGUGCACAUGAAACUAUUAGAAGUGAACUGGAAGCAGAAGGGUUAUGACAGACUUCCUGAUCCUUCUCCAACUGGAGCAGUGAUGUACAAGCUGUGUAUCACACUAGUAUCUCUUGUUUUAUUCUUGACACUUACCAAGAACUUUCCUAUGGCAUAUAUUAUUGAUAAUGAAUUUCUUGAUAAAACACCCUUCUUAUCAAGACUUGGUUACCUGUACAUUGUUACACAGGCAGCAAAACCAAAGUAUUACUUUGCAUGGACGUUAGCAGAUGCAGUCAACAAUGCAGCUGGUUAUGGAUUCAGUGGAGUUGAUGAGAGAGGUGCUUUCCGCUGGGACCUGUUGUCCAAUUUAAAUAUCUGGAACAUUGAGACUGCGACAAGUUUUAAAAUGUACAUUGAAAACUGGAACAUUCAGACAGCUGCCUGGUUAAAACGUGUUUGCUAUGACAGAGCUCCUUGGUACCCUACAGCCUUAACGUUUAUCCUGUCGGCCCUGUGGCAUGGUAUCUAUCCUGGAUAUUAUUUUACAUUUCUCACUGGAAUCCUUAUCACACUCGCAGCCAGAGCAAUAAGAAGCAAUUGCAGACAUUACUUCCUCUCAUCGGUGCCUCUCAAGAUAGCCUAUGACGUUGCUACCUGGGUUGUCACUCAACUAGCAGUUUGCUAUACAGUUGCACCCUUUGUGAUGCUGGCUGUUGAGCCCACAGUUAAGUUUUACAAGUCCAUGUAUUUUCACAUGCACAUUCUAAGCAUCCUGGUGUUGCUCGUGUUACCAAUCAGACCUCAAGCCCGGUCCGUAAGAAAGCCUCAAAAUGAGGCCAUACAGAACUCUGUUAAAAGCAAAGACAAAUGAUAUCUCCAAAAUUGCCGACACUGGGAAACAAACUGUCAUAUUGGAAACAAAGAAGAAAAAAGGGAGCAAUGGGAGUAGAAGUACAAGACAAGUGGCAUUUCUAUCAGUUAUCUUAAAAUCUUAUUGGAUAGGGCAGUUAAGAGCCUGAAAGACUGCAUUUCAAACGACUCCAGUUAACAGAGAUUUACAGGCUAUGUUUACAGGCUCAUGGGGCAUUUUGAUUUUUUUUUUAAUAAAUAUUUUUAUGAAGUGUU